AUGUCGUACAAUAGUACCACAGAAUUGGACAUUGGUCCUGCUAAAGAAGGACUUUCGGCCUUAUUUGGUGUGAUACUCUCCCCAGAACCUCGCCCAGAUACAAUUCAAACAACAUCAUCACCCCUGCAUGAGCUACGCGCCCUUAAUCAUUUAAACACCAUCACAGCACAACAUGUUGACUUAGAAGUUGAGCCUGUUAAACCACAAAUUAUCAAACCUUGGAGGCCGGAAAUGAUACCGCCAAGUUACACAUUCAUAUCGUUCAUUAUUCCAAUUCUUUCAAUUUAUGCUAUAGUAAUUCCAACCACUUUCAGAUGUUUGUUACAUGGGAAGAUUGUUGCCAGAAAUACAAUAACAGUAGUAACAUCAUUUAUCGCAUUCACUUUCUCACUAAAGACCAUCCAUCUGUUUAUUGGAUCUCACAUGAUCUCAGUUACAUUUGCUGCGCUAAUUGCCUUCCUAACCGCACUAGUCGCACUGACACCGCUCAAAUACCUUGGUUUUCGUAUCACUAAUUUGGGAAAACAGCCGAUAGGAUGGAUAAUUAUGACACUAUUUUACACGCUGCUAGUGGCCAAUAUAGGAAUUCAUUUUGGUGCCGAGCUUUUUAGGGUACAAAAUGGAAACCUUAGCGGCGAUGACACGGUGAUUAUCAGCAUUCCUUACUAUCCUCUGUUGUUAAUUAUACUUGCACUUAUAGUAAUGGUAAUAAUCGUUACAAAUAUUACGGCAGUAGUAGCACAGAAUGCGGUUUUGAUGACAAUUUCAGCAUAUAUAAUAGUUUCAGGUUUGGUACUGGUUUACAAUGUGCUUUUUGUGAGAUACAUAUCGCACGAUUCACCAACACAACUAGACCCUUCUUCAUUUUUUUCCAAAAAUGUAAGUGUGUCAAUGCGAAAAAAUACCUCACUUGCAUUGAUAGUGUUGGUGUCUAUUUUGUCGACAAAGUACCACACGGAAAUUGACUUGGCUAGGGAGGCAAUCAUACACCCCCACGAACAACGCGACUAA